UGUUGCUCACGCGAGCUAGCCGCUGUGGGCUCUCUGAUUGGUUUUUUUCAGUUCAUUUCUCGGAAACCUUCUGCAUCCUUCUACAUAUGCUACAAGUCUGCAAUUCCCCGUCUACGCGUCUACGCCUCUCUGUCUCUGGUACUGGUCGUUAAUGGAAGACCCAUCUUCCAAGGAGGAGAUUUCCAGAGUUCUCAAGGUCCUCGAAGCUCUCAGACAAGCCUCUCACGAUCUCCAAGCCCACCCAACUCCCAAGUCUGCUGAUCCUGACUCACCCGCCAUUAAAGCUCUGUUAGAGCUCGAAACUGAGUCUGACACCAUCCUCUCCAAAGACCCACAUCUCUCUACUCUCUCACAGCACCUCACCAGCCUUAGAACCCUCGUUGACACUCUUCAGAAAUCCCGUGGUUAUAGCCUCAAGAAUUUCUUGACUCGCCGAGUCUCCACUCACUCAAUCUCCCGAGUCGCUGGGUCUAUUGAGUCUGAGAUUCAAGCCUGGAUCGACCGUGAAAGCAUAGAUAAUUUGACGACUUUGUUGAAGGAGACUGUACAGAACGAGGACGAGUUGGUGGGUUUGUUAACUCAGUUUGAGAAACGGCUCUCUCAAGGGUUUAAUCGCGAGUUACAAGAUUUGGUUCUUAAAUCUAAGAUUCUUUUGUUACUUGAAAAAAUAAUCUGCGAUCCCAAUUGCUCGAAGAGAAUUCGAGAACAGUGCUCUUUUGUAGUUGCAGCUUUGUUUCAAUUCAAUAAAGAUGUUUUCGUGGGUCAAGUACUAAUGGGUCCUCUGAUUCAUGCUCUUGUAUCAAUGGCUUCCUGGAAAUCAAUGAAAGUACUCUGUACACUCAUCAAGUUAAUCAAGUCACCACUGGUAGAUGAGAUCGAAUCCAAUGGUCAAAUACCCAAAAUCAUUAAUUUCUUGGACUAUAAAGACCUGCAACUUCUUGUUCAAACAAUGGAUUGCAUUCUUGAAAUUGGGUAUUCUGGUCGCAAAGAAGCAAUAGAAGCUAUGCUCAGAGAAGGGUUGAUAAAGAAGCUUGUGGAUUUGCAGAGAUCAGAGCUUGGUGGUGACUUGAUUGACAUGGGUAGAUUUGAUGAGAAAGAAACUAAUAAAGAGGAUAGCAAUCAGAGGAAGAAGGAGAAGAGAGAGAGCAGGGAGAAGAGAUUCUUAGAAAGCCAUCCAUUUGCUAGCUGUGUAGCAAAAUUUGCAGUGCAGCUGGAAGUUGGAGAAGGUUUAAGGCAGAGGGAGAAGAGAGCAUUCAAACAGGAGAUAUUGAAGAGAGUUAGGGAAGCUUCUGUUUCUGAUGCUGAAGCUGCUACCAUUGUUGCUGAGGUUCUGUGGGGUUCUUCACCUUGACAUUGUAAGAAAGUGCAAGAAAGAAGAGAAAAGAAAAGAAAAGGAAAGGAAAGGAAAGGAAAGGAAAGGCAAGGCGACUGCAGAGGUAUUGGGUUUGAGAAUUGACGGUGUACGUCUGGUAUAAAAAUUUAAGGAUUUAAAAUCAAUUUCAUUAAAAAAGUCUGCCUUGGCAUUGAUGUUUAGAUAUUGUCUCCUGUUUGCAGAAAGUUUUUAGGAUCUGAUAAGAAUCUUUUCUUUAUUGAAAAUAAUAAUUUAAAGGC